AUGGUAAUCCGGAUUGUCCCCUCCCGCAUCAGCAGCAUGGUAGGCAAUUGGGUAGUGCUAGACUCAUACACACCACCAGCGCGUUCCCGCCCGCUGUAUCCUUCACCGACUGUCGAGUGGUCUAUAGACACUCUCCCCCUAACUGCCCUUUUCGAAACUGCCUCAUCUAAACAAGACAUUACCCAUAGGAUAUGCAGUGACAGACACGGCCGCCAUGUCUGCCCUGACAGACACCUGCUCUCUCUCAUCGGUGUCCUUCUCGGGCUAACGCUUCUCUUUGUGUACGUUCAGAGUAUGCGCUGCUUGCGCAGGAUUCUAGGAUGGGUCAUGAACAGCAAGAGCAUAGAGAAGUGCAACGGCCACCGAACACCUAUCAGGGGCACCACGUAA